GCAGGUGUCACAGAUAAGAAAAAUCUUCAUCAGCCCAAGCAUCAUCAAGGAUAUGAACACUGCUGUUUCGAUCUAGAUGGAUGAAGAAGCUGACAGCCCAGAAGAGAAACUCCUUUGGUUUUCAAGAUGGCAGCGACAAGUGGUGAGAGCCAAUUGCAGAGGAUUAUCCGGGACCUGCAAGAUUCUGURACUGAAUUAAGCAAAGAAUUUAAAGAAGGAGGAGAACCGAUCACAGACGAUAGUGUCAGCUUGCAAAAAUUCUCCUACAAACUUGAGUACCUUCUCCAGUUUGAUCAGAAAGAAAAAAACACAUUGCUGGGAAAUAGAAAAGACUACUGGGAUUAUUUCUGUGACUGUCUGGCAAAGGUCAAGGGAGCUAAUGAUGGAAUCCGCUUUGUUAAGUCUAUUACAGAACUACGAACAUCUCUUGGGAAAGGAAGAGCCUUUCUUCGUUACUCUUUGGUUCACCAAAGACUAGCAGAUACCUUGCAGCAAUGUUUUAUGAACACCAAAGUGACCAGUGACUGGUACUAUGCAAGAAGUCCAUUUCUGAAUUCCAAAAUGAGUUCUGACAUUGUGGGUCAACUCUACGAGCUUACUGAUGUUCAGUUCGACCUGGCAUCAAGAGGCUACGAUUUAGAUGCUGCGUGGCCAACAUUUGCCAGGAGAACACUGUCCUCUCUUGGAUCUUCUGCAUAUUUAUGGAAGCCCCCAAGUCGCAGUUCCAGCAUGAGCAGUUUAGUGAGCAACUACUUGCAGGCCCAAGAGUUUCCCUCCAGCCCKGAUGUAAAUAACUCACUGAAUGUUGAACACCUUGAGGGCUUUGAAGAGAUGCGUGUCGAACUCGACCAGGCUGAGCUGAGACAGAGAGAGCUCCAGGAUCGAAUUCACCAGCUACAGAUGGAAAACCAGGAGCUCCAGGCAGCCAUCAACGUGCAGAGAGAACAAGUACAGGUAGAAAAGGAGAAGAGCAGCAACUACAGUGAGGAGAACUCCCGGCUGACAAAGAUGAUUGCAGAGCUGCAGAAGCAGUGUGAGGUCUCCCACUCCACUCAGAGCACUGUUCACGAUCUGCAGAAGUGCCUGCAGUCACUGGAAAUGAAUGCAGUGGAGCAGCAGAAGGAAUACUCAACGAAGCUGGAGCAGCUGGAGAGCAGCAAGGAGAACUGUGCCUCAAAGUUGCAGCUCUUGAAUCAGGAGCUGGAGGCCUCUAGGGCUUUGAUCACUGUGAAAGAUCUUUGCAUUGAUGAACUCAAGAAGAAACUGAGUUCAACAGAACAGAAGAAYAUUGAGCUCCUGGCAAAAGUUGAUGCCGCCUUGGAGGAAAAAGGACAGCAAGCCACAGCCCACUGUGAUUCUGCCAUACAGAUACAAGGAUUGUUGGAGAAACUUCAGGAGAAAGAAAAGGAAAAAACAGAAAUGCAAAGACUCAGUGAUGAACAUGCAUCUCAGCUUAAAGCAGCAAGGGAGGAGCUGCGGUUGAAAGAAGAGGUACAGAAGGAACUGGAAUCCAGAUAUAAUCACCUUACCACUAACUCUAGGGAAGAGAGUGAAAAGCUGCUUGGGAGCCUGGAAACCAUGGCAAAGGAAAUGGAAUCUCUUCAGAAGGCCCUAACCUUGAAGGGGAAGGAAGUGGCUGAGCUCCAGACCCAGGUAAUGGGGUUGCUGGCUCAGGUAGGGUCACUGGAAAAAAGUCUUGAGGAGGCAAGGAGAGAAAAGGAGGAACUUGAGGAGGAGUAUAAUAGGAGGGAAGGAGCACUGAAGAACGAAGCCCAAUCUCUGGCAGCGCAACUUGAACUACAGGAAGGUCAGUUAACAAAGGUGAGUCACACUGUGCAUAGCCUUGAGGAACAAAACCAGAAAAUCUCGUCUGAAAAGGAGCACCUCAGCCAGAAAGUCAAGCAGUUGGAGGAGCAGAUGGAGCAGCAAAACUCUGCAGUGAGUGAAAAGGAUGAGGAGAGCUGUAAACUGAAGUCAGAGAAUACAGAUUUGCAGCAGGACAAGAAGAAGAUGGAAGAGAAGCUGAAAAAUGUGGAAGAGUGUAAAGCCUCCCUGGAAGCUGAGGUGGCCAGGCUGAGAGCCUCUGAGAAGCAGCUUCAGAGUGAGAUAGAUGAUGCCUUGGUAUCAGUCGAUGAAAAAGAGAAGAAGCUCCGGGAGCAGAACAAACAGCUGGAUGAAGACUUGCAGAAUGCCAGGAGGCAAAGCCAAGUUCUGGAGGAGAGGUUAGGCGCUCUACACUCCGACUACCAAGUACUGAAGCAAAGAGAAGAGGCAACCAAGGAGUCUUGUACUCUUCUUGAAGGACAGCUGAAGAGUGCCAAACAGUAUAACUUACAAAUAGAAAAGAGUUUGGACUCCUUGAAGGAAAGUGAAGAGUCUCUCCAGUCACAGCUCACUGAGAAGGAGGCAGAAAUGCAGAGCAUGGAGAGCCGGUGUGAGCAGCUAAGAGCAGAAACUGAAAAUCACAGGAAGAAAGCAGAGCUUCUUGAGAUGGAAAAGCUGAGCCUUGAAAAGAYGUGUCUCCACCAGACGGAGCUGAUUGAAUCCCUCACAGCAGAGAAGAAUUCAGUGGAAAAACACCAACUAGAGCAGACCGCAUCUCUGGAGAAAGAGGCAAAAGACCUGGCCUCCAGGCUGGUCAUGAGCGAAGAGCAGCUGCAGGUCAACCGAGGUGAGGUGUCUAGGCUGCAAGCAGAAGUCCUGGACCUGCGAGUCAAACUACAGCAGACCACGGCCGAGGCAGAGCAGAUGAGAGGCGAGCUGGCAGUCACCGGGACUGUCUUGGAGGAACAGAAGAUGCUUGUCCAACAGCUGAAAGAGGAAAGUGAGUCGCUUAACAGAAACCAUGUGCAAGAGUUGGUGCAGUGUAAAGAGAGAGAAGAAGUGCUAAAGAAAGAGCAGGAGAGGGCAGCCCAAGAAAAAGCUGAGCUGGAAGAUAAUUUGCUGAAUCUGAAGGAAGAGCUGUCCAGUGUUAAACAGUACUUGGAAGUUGUUAGAAUGGAAAAUGAGGAAAACAAAGAUCUGCUCCACAGGACCAACACUGAUAUGGCUGAACUUGGUAUUCAGAUUUGUGCUGUGACCUCUGAGAAGGUGAAUACAGAAGAGAAGUUAGUUGAGGCCACAGGGAGGCUCAAAGAGCUGGAAGAACAGACUGCAGAGGAACAGGAGAGGCUGAAGCUUGACAUCUCUGCUCUCAGGCAGGAGAACAAGAGCCUGCAAGAGCAAUUGGAGGAAGCUCAAAUAUGUGCCGCGGCUGUCCCAAGUCUGCAAAUGCAGCUGGAGACAGCAAAGAAACAGGCACAGAGCUUCCAAGAGACCAGCCAGGAAGAGCUGUCCGCAAUUAAAUUUCAAAUGAGCACAGAGAUUCUAAAUUAUGAGACAAAAUACAAGGCUGCCAGUGAGGAGUGUGGGAAAGUACAAGAGCAACUGGAGGAGCAGAAGCGACAGCGGUGUGCUGCAGAGGAGGAGAUUGCAGAGCUGCAAGCUGCCAACACAAGUUUGUCUAGCAAGCUGGAUGAGGCAAGAGAGCAGCUGGCUGAAUCCGAAUCUGCUCGGCUGCAGAAGGAAGAGGAGGUGAUGUCUCUGAAAGCACUUUUAGAAAGGACCCAAAAGGAAGCYGACGAAGCAAAAGAGCAAGCCCUUGAAUACAGCGACAAGCUCAGCAAGGUGGUAGCAGACAAAGACAGCAGCGACCAGAAGCUGUUGGCCGAGCUGGAUGACCUGACAAGAACAAAACAAUUCCUUGAAGAACGUUUGAUAGAACUUAUCAGAGAUAAGGAUGCUCUGUGGCAAAAAUCAGAUGCUCUUGAGUUUCAGCAGAAGCUUAGUGCAGAGCAGAAAUGGCAGGGGGACAUGGAUGUCAACCACUGCCUGGACUGCCAGAGAGAGUUUUCAUGGAUGGUGCGCCGACAUCACUGCAGAAUGUGCGGUCGCAUUUUCUGCUAUUACUGCUGCAACAACUACAUGGUGACAAAGCAUGGUGGGAAGAAGGAGCGUUGCUGCAAGGCUUGCUUUAAUAAGCCCCGAGUGUUUGUGGACUAUACAGAUGACUCUGGGUCCAGUGCAAACCAGGAAGGAUCACCAGCUUCGUUGGAAUCACCAGUGUCACCUACGGAAGCAGCUUUUGUCACAAGUGAAGCCUCUCAACCACCAGAUGAUGCAGCAUUUGAUAUAAUCACYGAUGAGGAGUUGUGCCAAGUACAGGAAUCAGACUUGCUCCACAAUGAAARUCAGAUGGAAGGAGAGUCUCUGGAUCAAAGUGUGACAGAUUUAAACARCACAGGUAAUUCUUCAACCUAUGAUGAAUCAGAAGAGUGGCCAGUAGCUCAAGAUGCUGAGAUCUGCUUGUUGAAGUCAGGAGAAAUCAUGAUAAAGCUGCCCCUUACAGUGGAAGACAUCCUGAAUUUCGGGGAAGGCAACAGAGAGCUGUUCAUUAAAUCCAGCACGUACAGUAUCAUUCCCAUCACCGUGACGGAGACAGGCCUGACUAUAAGCUGGAUAUUUUCAUCAGACCCGAAAAGCGUCUCCUUCAGUGUGGUUUACCAGGAAUCGGAAGAAGUGCCUCUGGAUCAGUGCAAAGUUCUUAUUCCUAUGACACGCUGCAACUCACAUAAGGAAACUAUAAGAGGCCAGGUGAAAGUGAGAAAUUCUGGCAUCUACAUGCUCAUCUUUGACAAUACAUUUUCUAGAUUUAUCUCAAAAAGAGUAUUUUAUCACUUGACUGUCGAGCGACCUGUCAUCUAUGAUGGAAGUGAUUUUCCAUAGCCUUGAAAAUACUGUGUUAUUUUUAACUAUAUUUUUAAGAAAUGCUAUUAUUUAUGUAUAUGCAAGCAAUAUGACUACCACUGUGUUUGAACACUUUGAAACUAUGCAAUAGUUAUAACAUACUUAGAGAUCAUGUACACACUAGGAGAAAGAAGCUGUUUUAGGAACACUAAUGUUCUGUACUGUGUACAGAUUGCUCAGAAGCCAUGUUGCUUGGUUUAAUAGGUCAGGUAAUGUUUCAAUUUGAUUUUUCUUCAGGGGGGAGAAAAAUAAAAGAGGCAACUCUAAAUGGCAACUCAAAUUCUGUAUUCAAAACUGAACAACCUUUCUUCUCCCCCCAAAAAAUUCAAAAGCAGACUUAAAGAAAAGUGCUUAUUUUUAUUGACCUCUAGUGGAGAAUAAACACACCUAUUUCUGUUCUGCUCAUAGUGUCAGAACAGCUAUGCAAUGCAUCAAUCUUUGUAGGCAUGUAUUCUAAUCCAUCUAGAAUUUUAUAUCUUUUUCAGGUUUUAUAAACAGCAAAUGUAGAGAGUUUUUUCACAUUUUGGGCUAAGAUUCCAUAAGUCUUAACUGGCUUUUAGCAAUGCUCUGGUACUGCAUCCCAAUUACAAAGCUCUCAAACACAAAGCACCGACUCCUUCCACUUCUGCUCACCGUUCUCUGUAAGCUGAUGCACUGAAGUCAGCGCUUAAGGUGAGCACCGGUGGCAGAAUCCGGAGUAUAAUCUGCGGAAUAAAGUACCGCUCACUGUGUGAUUUUUGGGAAGAGGAGCAUCUCUUUUUCCUGCUUUAGCACCUUAGUCAUCAGCAUUCACAGGGGAAGCACAGUCCAUAAGCAGGGCUUCCUCUACACCAAGUGGAAAGUAGCAAUAAUAUUUGGAAUGGUCUCGAAAAGUCCAUCCAAAACCAAAUUCACAUCCAGCCCCUCAGCAACUCACUAUCCUGUGUCAGUGUAUUUUGCCCAUUUCCUUAUCCUUGUUUUCAUCUCAGCUUCUCAGUGUUUGCUGGGCCAUAGCAAACUGCUAACUUUUCAUCUUAAAUCUGGGACAGAGCUGUCUGUAAACAUACUGCCUGUUCGGGGAAGGAAGACUAGAUUUUCAUUUACAUAAAACUUCCAUGCAAAUGGUCGGCUUUCUAUAAAGAAUUUCAACUUGUUGUCACAAUAUCUGAAAGCAGAAAACAGGGAGCUUCUGCAGCUGGGUUGUCCUGCCCAUUGGUAACAUUUUCUUCCCUUCAGAUGCCUCUAUAUUUGCUCUAUUUAAGUGUAAGCACUAUAUUUAGACUGUGCAGCCCCUGCCAAGCAGAGGAGUGYUCCCGAGGGGAGAGGGGCAGGACGCAACACACUUAAACCUCACCUGGCUGCCUGAGAUGCACAAGAGACCGAGGUGGGCACCAAGCAACGCACUGAUCACUUCAUGAAUUAAGGCAUAUUUCAAUGUUGAAGCUAUAUUUUGUAUUUAAUUAAUCAAGAAGAGGUUAUUUAUUGCUUAAAAAUGGAAUACUGUGUACCGUACGCUAAGCAAUUUCACAGACUGUAACUGAAGUCUGCUGCAGUUUUCCUUAAGCUUUUAGGUGUGUUUUUUUUGAAAGCAUUUUGCUGUUGUUUUAAAUAGAAUACUAAUCUCACUAGGAUAUCUCUCUUAAAAUGCCAAAUGUAAGUUAAAGGGACACUGCCAAAUGUAUCAGGUCAUAGUGUUACCCAUCUGCUCAGAUAUGUUUCAAUUAUGUCUAAUAAUGUGUUUGGCAGAGUUGUCUCUGGGUUUCCUCUUUGCAUCCUACUCUGAACAUUUUUUGUUUCUUUUUUCUUUGCAUCCU